AUGAGUCCGCUGGCGCUGGCGCUGGUGUGGCUGCAGCUGGCGCGCGGCGACAGCGCGUGGGCGCCGCUGGAGGGCCUGCCGCUGGCCUGCGCGCACCCCUGCCGGCACUCGCGCGCCGUCGCGCUUUGGAUGGAGCCCGGCCUGCCGCCCGCCCGCACCAUGCGUUUCUACGUGCACGUCGACACUCACAUACCCGCGAACAGUGUCAUGAAUGUGACGUUCGACUCCGCAGUUAACAUCAUCCUCACCAUCCGGCUACACAGUGAUGAGUUCCAGAAGUUUAAGAUGUCACCUAGUGUCAUGGAGUGUUGCUGGGAAGCUGGUUGCAGCGAAGUCACUGUUUAUAAUGAACUUUCACAAAAUAAACCCUCCUUUUAUUCAAUAUUACUUUAUGUUUCAAGGGACACUUUGACUAACGGUGACAGCUUCGAGCUUCGUUUCGACAAAGAACUGUCAGGCCUGAGCUUCAUAGUGGAGGGCUCUGCUCCGGGACUGACCCCUUUGACAGGCCUGGCUAUCAAUGACAAGGAGUUCUGCGAGGAGCCCGAUGUGGGAUAUCUCCGUAAGUACUUGGCAGGAAAAGGUGUGCUAGAUAAACGCGAAUAUCCGUGGAAAGCCGUGAUUCGAAAAUCAAAUACCAAUUGUGGUAAAGCACACGUGGACGGCACACGAGUGAUAGAGAACGGACCGGCACAGCCCGGCGCCUGGCCGUGGCAUGCCGGUAUACAUGUGCUGAGCAAACACCCACCCGUGGGAUACAAGUACAUAUGCGGUGGCACGCUUAUAUCCAAUUACUUUGUGUUAACAGCUGCGCAUUGCGUUGUCGCCUGGUUUGGAGGUACAGCCAUGGCGCCAGAAAAGCUGCAAGUGGUUCUCGGACAACAUAAUUUGAAUGUAAAAGAACACCAUAGCCAAAAAAUGAAGGUAGAAAAAGUAAUUAUACACGAGCGUUACAACUACAAACGUCGAUUUGCGAACAUCGCGCUGCUGAAGUUGUCGUCGGCCGCGUCCUUCACCAGCUUCGUGCAGCCCGCGUGCUUGUGGCGCAGCGGCGUCCACUCCAGGGGCACUGCGUCAGCACUUGGAGUUGUAGCGGGCUGGGGCUUCGAUAACGACGACACUUUGCCCGGCUCCCUCCAGCAAGUGCUGCUGCCCAUAGUCUCAGCAGAGACCUGCAGGCAGAGCUAUCCGGCGUACUAUUCCCUCGCUUUGAACCGCGGCAGCUUCUGCGCGGGAUAUCACAAUAAUGGAACGGGAGUUUGCAACGGUGACAGCGGAGGAGGUCUCGUGGUUAACGUCCCUAACGAGACAGAGUCAGGCAGCGGAGAGGUGUCAGGCUCCUGGUACGUCAGAGGCAUCGUGUCCAACGCCCCGCCACUACCUGACAGGCUGACCUGUGACCCGGACCAUUACAGCGUGUUCACGGACGUGGACAAAUACACGGACUGGAUUGAUGGCCAAAUGGAUGCCUGACAAAACAGCCGACCUAUUCACUAAAUUGUACGAGUAUAUUAGCCACCCAAUAAAAUUAACAUCAAAUCAA